CAGAGAGUAGAGACAAAUGAGAAAGUUGAAGGAGCACCUGAAGCAGGAAUAGCAGCAUCACUAUCAUUAUACAUAAUCACAUUCACAAUAGUAAAAUUGUUUAACCUAGAACUCAAAUUAUGAAAUGACAACCGUUUUUUUUGUUUUGUUUUUUCUGUUGUUGUUGUUGUUUAGCCACAAUGGGUCAGCAUUAUUUACUUCGUGCAAGUGUCUUCUUUGCUCUGCUCAUGUCGAUCCCUCAUGGGCAAUCCGAUUAUACAUCAUGCCAGUAUAAGUCAAGCUCCACAACGACAGACAUCACUAUCUUUGUUGGAGAUGGCUACUGUAGUGUGCUGAACGCCAGUAUAACCAACACUUUGUCCAGUGUUAUAGUGACUGGACUGCAGCCUGGAAACACAUACUUCCUCAAAAUCAACUGCUCAAAUCUGUGCAGCGAUAACUUCACCACCAACACCUCCAGCAAUCUGACUAUCACACAACUCAACUCCACCUCAGUGUAUCUGAACUGGACGGGCCUGUUACCACUGGCCAAUCAAACUGUUACUCUGCGGCCUGAGCCCGUUACAAACCUGUCUGUGUCCUCUGUCACUGUGAGCUCAGUGAUUUUGAGCUGGAUGCUUCCAAAAGGCAUUAGCCCAUACUAUAGAGUAACUUGGGGUGAAAGCCAAUCAUUCCCACUUCUCACCACUAAUCAAACCUCUAUGCAAAUCUCACAACUCACGCCCGGCACCAAGUACAUCUUCAGUGUCACCUCAGUGGCCUCUGAUAACCUCACUGAGGGAGGUGCCAUUGACAUAUCUCAAAACACAAGCCCAGCACAAGUGGAGAAUAUCUCUGUGCUGAGUUCCAGUAAUAGAAGUGUGACUGUGAGCUGGGCAGCUCCUCCAGGUCAUGUGGACUUAUAUGUGGUAAACAUAUCCACUGCUGAGCUGAACAUGACCCAGAACCUUAACACCUCUGCAAACACCUCAGUCAUCAGUAACCUCACAGCAGGACGAUUCUACAACCUCACAGUCACCUCCAUCAGUGGAAUCCUGAGAAACAUCUCAAACAUAGUGUUGGUUGCCACUAAGCCCAACCCACCUGAAGCACUUGGAGUGAGUGACCAGACAAAUGUAUCUAUUUCUUUGUCGUGGUUGAGACCUCUCUUAAUGGACAGAGUGAAUGUGACUUAUGAAGUGUCAUAUAGACUCAGCCAAUCAGGGCUCAACCUAACUUUGAGUCAAACCACUUCUUUAAAUGUGACCCUCGAAAGUUUAUUACCGGGCAGCCAGUAUGACAUCGCUGUGGUCACCAUUGGAGUGAAAGAUCUCAGGAGCUCAUUUGUUAACCUCACCGCAUUUACAGCUCCUAAUGCAGUGCGAAAUCUCGAGGUUUCUGCUGUCAGCACCAGUUCAGUCAAUCUGACCUGGCUUCCCCCUAAUGGAACUUCCAGCCUGUUGUCCUACAGCAUUAACAUUGCCACAUCUAAACAGACAUUCAGUGCCACAUCCAACAAUUAUCAGAUUACUCAACUGGUGCCUGGUACUCAGUAUAAUUGCAGCGUCAGAACAUACAUAGCAGCUGCCAACAUCUCUGGACCCUCACAAUCCAUACAGUGUAAUACAAAGCCUUUGCCAGUGACUAGUUUAACUGCUUCUCCUGUUGGCACCACUGAGAUAUGGCUGUCCUGGUCUCAUCAGAGUGACUACCAGUCUAUAUAUCUGUAUAAUGUGAGUGUGAAUGGGGAUCGAUGGAUACAGAGUAGCAAUGAGACUGCAAAGGUCUCUGACCUGAUCCCUGGGAACAACUACACUUUCAGUGUGCUAACUGUAGCAAACAGCAUUAGCUCUGAACCAGUAUCCAUCUUUGCGUUUACAGGGCUUGAUAAGGCAUCAAAUAUUUCUGCAGUAGGAACUACUGUGAAUAUGAGAGUAGAGUGGAGACCGCCUGCUGGCAAUGUGGGUCUUUAUAGUGUCAAAAUCCUUCUCAACGGAACGGUUGUAAAAACAGAGAAUCGAACAAAUGCAACAUCUGUGGUCUUCUCAGACCUGCUCCCUGGAACUCAAUACUUGGUCAUUGUUACCAGCAUCAGUGGACCCAUAAAGCAGGACAGUGACAGUGUGCUGAAUGCUACCUUGCCGACUCCUCCUGGUGAUUUGUUGGUGACAGCGCAGAGCACAAACUCUCUAAACAUCAGCUGGGCUCGACCGGUCAACAUGAUCUCAGUACCACACUACUACCUCCUGCAAUACAGCAACAGCACUCUCAUAUCAAACACAAUCAACUGCAGCUUAAACUACAGCACUGUGCCCCUCCUCAGUGCAGGUGUCCAGUACAACAUCACUGUGAAAACUGUUGGUGCAAUGGGAUAUUUAAGCUCUCCUCAGUAUCUCACUGCAUAUACAAAUCCUACUGCUGUAAGUGUCGUGAGAGUGAAUGGAUUCACAGAGAACAGUAUAUUCCUGAGCUGGCAGCAGCUGGAUGUUCAGCAAUAUGGUUACUCUUACCUGCUCACAUUCACACAUCCCAAUGGUACAGACGAACAGAAGACUGUGAGUAACACCACAGCACAGCUGCUGUCAUUGCAGUCGGCUAGUCAAUACAAUAUCAGCAUAAUUGCACAGACGGCAGGUGGCACCAAGUCUGAUCCCCAGUUAAUAACGGCCUACAGCAAGCCAUUUCCGGUUUCCUCUGUGCGUUCUGACAUUCUGAAUGUUUCUGCUGUGAGGCUGAGCUGGAACCGUCCUCUUGGGUACCUCAGUGGGUUUUCAUACCAAAUAUCAGUAUCCAACUGCACAGACUACAGUAAAAACCUGUUUACAUCCUCCGAAAACAUCACAAUUUCAGACCUGGAGCCUGGGACCCUGUGUCUGUUCAGUGUGUAUAGUUUAGCCAAUUAUAUUUUGGGAGAACCAAAGAACAUCACUGUCCUCACAAAGCCCUCUGUAGUAGUUCCAAGACUAGAUAAUCAAGGAUCUAAUAAUUCACUCUUGGUGAUGUGGGAUCACCCUGUGGGUGGGCUGGACAUGUAUAUCCUAAACAUCAGCAGUGCAGGAUGGAGCAACUCUACAGAACUCAACAAAACUGAACACAGUCAUACCUUCAUUCAGCUAAAAGCAGCAACCGUCUUUACGGUCUCGCUCAUCACUGUCAAAGGAACCUUCCAAGAAACAUCAAGUUCAGUUGACAUGGCAACCUAUCCAAACGGACCAGGCGAGAUUAUGGAAUUGUUCAAGAGCACUCAUUCAGUGUUGUUGCAUUGGGCUGAAGCUCAGGAUAUGAAAGCUGGCAGCUUCAACUACAGCCUGACCUACUGGCUUGACUAUAACACAAGUCAAUUUCUCACUCCUAAUAACUCUUUCCUUUUGGACAGCUUGCAAUCUGGAACAUCAUAUAACGUUUCUGUAGCUACUGUCGGGCCAAUGGGUUUCCAGAGUGAAUCUGUGUUCAGAUACCCUGUUACCACCAAGCCUGACCCUGUCGAAAACCUGCAUGUUGUUUCCACGACAACAAAUGCCAUCUCUGUAGAGUGGGUGGGUGUGAAAGGGGUCCCGAAGUAUGUAGUGAGUGUGUACAAUGCGACGGGAGAGCUUCAGAGGAACACGACCAGUUCAAAUAGCUGGCCUGUGCAUAAUCUGAUGCCUUCAACGCUAUAUAACAUAAGUGUGCAGAGCAGCACUUCUGACAAUACAGAGGGAGCUGCUGUGUGGCUGCAAAAUUGCACAGAUGCAGAUCCAGUGAAAAGUUUGGCCUGUACAGGUCCUAAUUUAACUUUACCUAUGCUCACCCUCUCAUGGAAGCCUCCUUCUGGUGGUUACCUGGGCUUUGAAGUCAAGCUAUCCUCCUCUGACUCUUUAGUAAACAUCAACAGCUUCAACUAUAGCUUCUCUAAUCUUAAGUACAGUACUCAGUACACUGCCACUCUCUGGACGCUCGGCUGUGGAAAGAAAAGCACACUGAAGGAGAUCCACUGUAUGACUGGCAUCACAAGACCUGUUGUACCUAAAAUAGAAACAGCAGCAACAGUGACUGAUAAACAGUACAACAAAUUUACUUUUAUUCUUCAGCCGGAAGUCUUUAAUGACUCAAAUGGUCCUGUGUUAUAUUAUGGUGUCCUUGUCUCCUCUGGUACUAUUGAUUGCUCAGACAAGAGCAGCUCACAGUUUGAUCAGUGCUUGUUAAAAACCUAUAAGGACUGGAAAGAAAAGCAGUGCACCACCUACCUGGCUUUUUUAAAAGCCACAGGGCAUAGAAAUGUGGAGGAACAAACCAUCGUCAUUGGAGAUAAGACUGAGUGGAUGGGUUACACAAAUGGAGAACUUGAUGCUAAAGGAAGUUACAGUUUUGCUGUCAUUGCUUUCACUCGUCUGGAAUUUAGUAAGGAGAAUGGUUUAGUGGAUGUGUCUAAUUCAUACUACUCCAUAUCUCAGUUUUAUCAAAACCCCAUCACUCUGCCAGAGAACCCAGUGGUAAUUGGAGGGGCAGCUGGAGGAGCCUGUUUUGCUGCUAUUCUUAUUGUAAUCAUCAUUGGGGUUGUGGUGUGUAGACGGAAGCAAAGAAAAGCUGAUUCUACUAGUGUUCCCAUCCACUCCCUUAGAAACAAAGUGAGGGAUCCAAUUAAGGUGGAGGAUUAUGAGGCUUACUAUAAAAGGCAAAGAGCUGAUUCCUUCUGUGGAUUUGCUGAAGAAUUUGAGAAUCUAAGGCCGGUUGGGAUAAAUCAGCCAAAGGCUGUUGCUCUGGCCCCUGAAAACAAAGCCAAGAAUCGUUAUAACAAUGUGCUGCCAUAUGAUUCAUCUCGUGUUAAGCUAUCUGUGCUUGGCAGCCCAUUUGAUGACUACAUAAAUGCCAGCUACAUGCCGGGUUACUCUUCCAAGAAGGAGUUUAUCGCAGCACAAGGCCCACUGCCCUGCACCGUCAAUGAAUUCUGGAGGAUGAUCUGGGAGAAAAACGUGCACACUGUUGUCAUGCUCACCAAAUGCAAUGAGCAAGGACGGGUAAAAUGUGAGGAAUACUGGCCAGCAGAGAUGAAACAUUUUAACAAUCUGACAGUUAUGACUACUUCCGAGAUCCCAUUGGACGACUGGACUAUACGCGACUUUGAAGUGAGAAAUUUGAAAACCGCAGAGACUCGAUCAGUUCGUCACUUCCAUUUCACUGCAUGGCCAGACCAUGGAGUUCCUGAGACCACUGAGCUUCUCAUCAGCUUCAGACACCUGGUCCGAGAACACAUGGAUCAGUACUCGCGGCAUUCACCCACACUUGUGCACUGCAGUGCAGGCGUGGGCCGGACAGGAACCUUUAUCGCCAUUGAUCGCUUAAUCUUUCAGAUAGAGCGUGAUGGUGUAGUGGAUGUUUACGGGAUCAUCCAUGAUUUACGCAUGCACAGACCACUCAUGGUGCAGACCGAGGAUCAAUAUGUGUUUCUUAACCAGUGCACCAUGGACAUCAUUAGGUCUCGGACUGGCAACAAUGUAGACUUGAUCUACCAGAACACAGCUGCACUCACUAUUUAUGAGAACUUUGAACCCUUGAAAAAAUCCCAAAAUGGCUACCAUAAGGCCUAAUUGUCUAUCCUGGUCAUUAUGCUGCACUGCUGUAAAUUAAACAUUUCUUGCGGUUUCAUUUUUAAAUUGGAAACUUAUUAAAAAAAAGAAAUAUAUAUAUAUUUAUUGAUUAAGAAGCUUGUUUAUAAAGUUCAUAAAUGCAGUUUCAGUGCUGUUUUACACAGAAUAGGUUGGUAAUGUUUUUUUUUUAUUGUAAUAUGACAGGCAUUUCCUCAUCUGUCAUGUUGUUUUCCCGUGACUUUGUGUAAUCAUAAUGAUGUGCAAUAUCUAUAAGCAAUUUAUCCUGAUGAGGAAAACACGACUGAAUGAAAACAGUCUUUCUCUCUAAUGGUCCUGCCAAUGCUGAAACCUGUUUUUUUAUUACUGUUACGCUAUAACUCUUUUGAUUCCUUUUUUGUAUUAGAUAGGUACAUCUCCUUUUACAGUUAGUUGCUGAGGUCUUAUUUAUUUAAGGAGUCAAAGCCUGGCUCUAAAAGAGGUAGGCUCGUCUAAGAAGGGCAAGUAUCAGAAUGGGUUAUAACAGAUAUGAUUUCCUGAUUAGACUUGAAAGUUAUAUUCAUCCAUUCACUAUAAUAAA